AUGGCAAAUAAAACUCGGAAAAUUAUAACUCUACCUGAUGAUGUUUUAGUCAGAAUUCUAUCUCUUGUUCCAACCGAACAAGCCUUUUUGACUAGCCUCUUAUCCAAGAGAUGGAAGUUCUUGUGGACUUCAAUUCCGGUACUUGAUUUUGAUUAUGGUCGCUUUUCUGAAACGUUUGAUGAUAUCGCCUUGGAUGAUGAUGAUCAGAAGAGACGGUUUCUUGAUUUUGUCCAACAUGUUUUGUUUCUCCAUGAACUUGAACCUUUAGAGAAUCUACGAUUAGCAUUUGAAAUUAGUAAAUUUGAUGAUUAUAUCUCUAAGGUUUCUAUGGGUUUUACAUCUAGUUCCAUCUUCUUUUUUCGAGUUAAAUGCCCCGAAUCUAAUCUUAAGUGCUUAGUGUUGCAAUCUUGUCACGGCAAUGAUUCCCUUGCUUUUGAGCAUGCCUUUAUCCACAUUCCAACUCUUUUUCAAUUAAAGUACCAAGGGGUUUUCACAUCAAGUCACCUAUCUAUUUCCAGUUCAAAGAAUCUUAUUGAAGUAGAAGUAGAUAUCUCUUGUAGUCUGACUCUGCAUAAUCAGCACCAGUUGACAUGCAAGCUUCUAAAGGAUCUCCAGAAUGUUAAGUCUCUAGCACUAUUUUCCCAUAAUCUCGAGGUUCUCAAUAUGAAUGGUGGCAUAAGAUUGCCUACUCCCUUCAACAAUUUAAAACAUUUAAUUGUAAAGCUAGCAAAGGUUGAUAAAGAGCUACUGGGGUUUGUGUGUUUGCCAAGGAGUUCUCCUUAUUUGGAAACUCUUGCUCUUUCCAUAGACUUCAACUAUUUGGUGCCCAAGAAUGAAAUGUUAUCCGCAGUCUAUAUAAUGUGGACGAAGAAACAGUCCAGCAAAUACAUUUACUUCCUCCUGAGUGUGUAG